UCACAGAAUGGGGGAUGAAGUAUGAUUGUAUGAAAGUGUUUGAGUGAGCGCCCCGAUUAUAUUCUUCUAGAGGCCAACGGCGCAGCGUGAGUGACGAUAUUCCUUCUCGGCCGUCCCCGUGCCCGUAGACGCCUCACGGCCCUUACCUUCCCCUAUCUGGAAUGUUGACAUAUUCCGGGGGCAGUGACUCUAUCCGUGCCAUAGCACUGGUGGCUUGCCGAGUCAGACCGCGGUGUCGUUGAUUCAUCGAUUGCCGCGGGUGAAUCCUUUGGUGCUGAGGACGGAGGACUGUGGACUUAGGCAGCACUGUUUGCUAUGGUGAGACUGGUCACCAAGCCCCUCGGGUUGCUCCUUGUGCUGCUCGCCGCCACUAUGCGGAGCCUCUGCGCUUGUUGUCAAGCUCGCCGCAGAACAAGCCACAUGCUCCAUUCGCUUGGCCUAUCCGCGGAAACCGCUAACCCCACUGAUGUUAGCGUCUUGGGGGCGGGCAGCCAACUGGGCUCCUGGGUUUCGUCUGGAAUAGCUUGCGCCGACGGCCGUUGGUUCGGAUCUGGGGCCGAAAUAUGGAUACUAGUGGCUCAAAAGAUAUCUUGUGUCACACAUCGCCACGAGUCCUUUAUGUCAGUCUCCAACUGCGAUUGGCGGUGUGCCCGUUCCCGGUCGUUCUGGCUGCCGGGAAGUCAUCCAAUGGUGCGUCGCGAACCAAAUGCGGUUUCUGAUUGGCAGACAUUACCAGUCUCGAUCUCCCGCUCGAUUUCGCGACCUCAAGGUUCUACGCAGCGUCGCAGUAUGUUGUUUUUGCGCUUCCAUUGCUGUUCAAACUGUUUCCAAAUUCCUACUCGGCAGAAGGGUGGGAGGGGCAUGACUUACUUUCGGUCUUGGCCGUCUUGGCAGAGCCGUUACGUCCAUACCUUACUAAUAACCCCCCGUUCCCUGUUGUGCAGAGCUGAAUGCGCUCGAAAGGCGGGACACAGGGCACGAAACCUUCGAGAACGACUCACCGAGCUCUUAGGUGGCUUGACAAAUACAGGGAGAUCGGAUACAGCGAAAAAUGGAAACGCGAUGCGGUAUUUCCAGGUUGGAAGGCGCAAACUGCUGUGCGAGUGGCCAGCGCCAAUGCACUGGGACUGGAAAUUGUGGGAUGUGGGGCUAUAAGGCUGAAUCUCGUGACGCCCCUGCCCUUAUUUUUGGCGCUUGGCAUCAGGCACAGGCAGGAGCUUCGCUUCCACGGAUCGAUCUGUCCGACCCGAACAUCGAACUGGCCCCAAACGUUGGCUCCCGCCACAUCACGAGGCCAUCGGCAGCUGUGCCAGGAUUUGGCUGAGUUGAAAGCCUGAAACACAGCUCAUUGUUCAGCUGCACCCAAUGGAAUGAGCGCUUUCGAAAGUCGAA